AUGCCACGAAGAGAGUGCUGUGUUUUCGGUUGUCAUCAGUUUGGGUUUAUUUCCUCUAAUCAAGAUGAAUCCAUUGAAAUUCAAUCAGUACCAGAAGUUCUGUCUGAAUCAAUGGAUAUUGAUAUGGUGCCACAAAUUCUCCCUGGAUGUUCUUCCCAGGUUCCUAAUCCCGAAUUAGUGACCAAAACUGGACCUACUUACGCAGAUCAAUGUAACUGUCCAGAACCCCAGUUUGAGGAAUGGUUUAAAAAUUAUGGCUGUGAGAAAACAUAUGAACAAAUUAAGAAAGAUCUGAAGCCAUUCAAUGGCCUCAACAUGAGAGAGGAGUUACAAAAGAUUAUAAACAAAUAUCAUCAACCAGAAAGUACUAGUUUUUGUCACUAUGCAAUAAAACAAAAUGAACUUUACCGAAAUUGCUAUGGAAAGCAUGUCGGAUUUAAUAUGUUUUCUGAUAACAUCUUAUUAUCUUUGAUGAGAAAAGUCAAAUUGCCUGACAUGGACCUGGUAAUAAACCUAGGUGAUUGGCCUCUAGUCCACAAGAAAGAUAAGCCUUUGCCAGUUUUUUCAUGGUGUGGGAGUGAUGAUACUUAUGACAUAGUAAUGCCAACAUAUGAUUUAACUGAAUCUGCAUUAGAAAACAUGGGAAGAGUGACUUUGGAUACCUUGUCUGUUCAAAGUGGCGCAGAAAUUGCAUGGGAUGAGCGAGAGCCGCGAGCAGUUUGGCGUGGUCGUGACUCACGCGCCGAGCGUUUGAAACUUAUUGACAUUGCUCGAGCCAACCCAGACCUUUUUAAUGCUUCACUUACAAAUUUCUUCUUUUUUAGAGAUAAAGAGUCUCAAUAUGGACCGAAACAACCUCAUAUUUCAUUCUUUAAAUUUUUCGAUUUUAAAUAUCAAAUUAAUGUUGAUGGCACUGUAGCUGCAUAUCGUAUGCCAUACCUAUUAGCAGGCGGAGGUUUGGUUCUAAAGCAACAAUCUCCUUAUUAUGAACAUUUCUACCCGCAACUUGUACCUUGGGAACAUUUUGUACCAGUAAAAAGAGAUUUGUCCGAUUUAGUUGACCGCGUGAAAUGGGCGCGCGAUAAUGAUGACAAGGCAAAACAAAUUGCUGGGAAUGCAAGGAAUUUUGCAAAUAAUAAUUUAUUGCCGCAAAAUGUAAUUUGCUACCAUGCGGCUUUAUUUUGGGAAUGGAGUAAAAUUAUAAACAAUGAAGUGAACAUUGAAGCAAAUAUGACUCACGUGCCCCAGCCUACUGCUACUAAUUGUGAUUGUAAACCCAAGAAACCAAAUACUCAUGAAGAUCUCUAA